GGGUCGGGGGCGGGGCGGAGCGAGGAGGUGGGUGCGUGACGUUGCCGGAGGGGUCCGGGGCCGCUCGGUGCCUGUUAUUGUUCUCGCCGCCCGCUCUUCCCGCCGCCGCGUCUGCUUUCCCCGGCGCCUCGGGGAGCGGCGGGAGGGCAGCAGCGACCGAGCAAGCCCGCAGGGGCGGAGGUAGGAGGGAGCGAGCGAGCGAGCGAGCGGUGCCCGCGGAGACGCCCGGCGGGAGCGGGCCGCUGCCCGGGGGCCGUUAACCGUUUCCACCUCUCCGCAGCGCGAGCCCUGACAGCGGGGGCGGGGGGAGAGCGCGCGCGUCACGAAGGAGCGAGUGAGAGCCGGAGAGCCGGGGACCGGGCGGCCAUGGCCUACGCGUAUCUCUUCAAGUAUAUCAUCAUCGGGGACACAGGUGUUGGGAAAUCAUGUUUAUUGUUACAGUUUACAGACAAGAGGUUUCAACCAGUCCACGAUCUCACUAUUGGUGUAGAAUUUGGGGCUCGAAUGAUAACUAUUGAUGGAAAACAGAUAAAGCUUCAGAUAUGGGAUACGGCAGGGCAGGAGUCCUUCCGUUCCAUUACAAGGUCAUACUACAGAGGGGCAGCAGGGGCUUUACUAGUGUAUGACAUUACAAGGAGGGACACUUUCAACCACUUGACAACUUGGUUAGAAGAUGCUCGUCAGCAUUCCAAUUCCAACAUGGUUAUAAUGCUUAUUGGAAAUAAAAGUGAUUUAGAAUCUAGACGAGAAGUCAAGAAAGAGGAAGGUGAAGCAUUUGCACGAGAGCAUGGACUUAUCUUUAUGGAGACAUCUGCCAAAACUGCUUCCAAUGUAGAGGAGGCAUUUAUUAACACUGCAAAGGAGAUCUACGAGAAAAUCCAGGAAGGAGUUUUUGACAUUAAUAAUGAGGCAAACGGCAUAAAAAUUGGGCCUCAACAUGCUGCCACUAAUGCAACACUUGCAGGCAAUCAGGGAGGACAACAAGCUGGAGGAGGCUGCUGUUGAGCCUGUUUUUACUUUCUAGCUGCCUGGAUGGGGCCUACUAACUUGUUUGUUCACCCUUCCCUCCCCCCCCGCCCCGCUCGCCUCCAAUUCAAUUCAACUGAGACAUGAAACUUGUAAGUUGGUUUCCUGUUGCAGAAGAAGACUUUAUCCUUCAAAUUCUUGUAUAACUUUGAAUAAAUGGUUAAUGUUCACUUAAAGACAGAUUUUGGAGAUUGUAUUCAUAUCUAUUUACAUUUGAUUUCUAGGUCAAUUGAUGUGAUUAUUUUUGUUAAAUGUUGUCUUGUGCCCUUGACUACGAACUGAAUUGUAUUAAACACUACAAAGUCAUCUGAGUAUUUUAAUCAGUUUGUGUAGUUAGGUUUCCCAGCUCCUGCGGUUACCUAAUGUUUAAUAUUGUAGAGCUGUCCUCAAGUUUUUUGUCAAUUUUCAAGGCUAUAAAGAGCAGCAGAAGGACUCUUUUAAUUCUGUAUUUAUCACUUUCUGUAUAUAUAGUUUAAUAACCUGCUUGGGUGUACUUGCCAAGCUAGAAUUCUUUAAUGCAUUUGCAUAAAUUCUAUACUACUUAGAGCUUGAAAACUACAGAAGCAUUAAUAGAAGUUGCUUGGACGCUAAAUUUUAAGCCUUUUUGACAUUGUUAGCAUGUUCAUCCUCCCCUGUCAUUAUCCUGAAGUCCAAGAGAAAUGCUUAAUGUAUAUUACUAGAGGCUACAUACGUGCUAUCUAUUUUAAUGCCAAAUGUUUGCUGUUUGUCCACAAUUUCCACAGCACCUCUUCAGAAAUGGAUUAGCUGUUUGCCUUAACGAAUACUAUAGGUAAAAACAGAGUAUGGAUGAAAAGUAGAGGAGGAGUUGAAAAAUUUAAAAUGGCACAUUAUAAAAAUGUUGAUCUUUUCUAAAUGUGUUUUUUUUUCUUGUUUACCACUUGAUUUCUAGGUAUAUUUUUCAUGCAAGGACAGUUUUUCAACCUAAAUGUACAGUGGUUGUGUAAAGUUUUCUUUUAGUGACAACUUGUAAUCCUAAAUAUAUGGUAAGCAUCUUGUCUAUUGUGAAGAGGGUGUGAAAAUAAAAUCUGCCAGUUUGGAAAUCUUGAUGAAAAUCAAAACUAGAAAUGCUUUGGUACUUAUUACAGUGGUGGUUGGGGGGGAAUGUUUUGCCUCAAGUGAAAGGGUUGCAACAGUGCAAAACAAAAUCCUGUGUUUAAGUGUUCAUUUGUUAAAGUACAGAAUAUUCAUGUCACUUUUCCUACAAAUGAGGAAACAAUUGAUUUUCCAUCUCAUCCUAUUUAUAUAAAUUGCCAGAUAAAAGGGUGACACUAAUGCUAGGCCAUGCUUCAUGUAUCCAAAAAAAAAUAAAGGGAGGGGAAUGACUGCAAAAUUUUUGUCUUACUGGACCAAUACUGACUGCAACACAACACUGGGGGACAUGGAUCCUCAUGUCAUCCGUUCUUGUUGUCAGAACUUUAACAUCGAAAGUGAAUAAAGUUCAGCCUGACAGGUGUAACAUAGCAGUGGUUCUGAAAUUAAAUAAAGUUUGAAAAACGUGUG